AUGGCGUCCGAAAACCUACCUAGUGACGUGGAGAAGAGCAGCGGCCCUGUGGCCGAGGAACAUGAGGGGAAGCAUUUGAAGAAUGCCGCCGUCAAUACAGUCCUCACCUCUUCCGCACCCGAGCGAAAACUAGUAUGGCGGCAGGACAAGCGCAUCGUACCCUUGUCGGCGGGCAUUUAUUUUCUGUGCUAUUUAGAUCGCUCUAAUAUCGGCAACGCUAAGGUCCUCAACUCCAGCACCAAGAAUGACAUGCAGAGCGAGACCGGGGCGUCUGACUACCAAUUCAACGUCGCGCUUAUGAUCUUUCUAAUUGGUUAUUUCUUGUUCGAAGUUCCAUCCAACAUUUUAUUGAAGAAACUUCGCCCAUCGAGAUGGCUUGCUUUCCUGAUGUUUUCUUGGGGUGUCAUCACGAUUGGUAUGGGUGGCAUUAAAAACUAUGGUCAAAUGACUGGUGUUCGUUUUCUGUUGGGCGCAUUUGAAGCUGGCCUCUUCCCCGGUUUGGUGUAUUACCUGACAUUCUGGUAUAAAACCGACGAACGUAGUGUACGAGUAGCCUUCAUCCUAGCUAGCGCCACACUUGCCGGAGCUUUCGGCGGAGCAAUCGCUUAUGGAGUCGGCCAUAUGAAUCGAACGCGCGAUCUUUCUGCUUGGAGAUGGCUAUUCAUGCUUGAGGGAAUCCCAUCAUGCCUGUCAGGUAUUCUCGUAUGGUUCUUCUUGCCUGACUGGCCUGAGAGUGCCCACUGGCUUUCGGAAUCCGAGAAAGAUCUAGCGGCACAGCGGUUAUAUCACGAAGGCGCUAAAGGUUCGGCUGCAUCCAUAACGCGGGAAGACGUCAAGGCCACUCUUACCGAUUGGCGUCUUUAUGGACACUAUGCUAUUUACUUCGCCGUAUCUUUACCCUUCAGCUCACUUUCGCUCUUCUCUCCCACGAUCGUCUCCGGUCUCGGUUACCAUGACUUGGAAGCGCAGCUGUUGACAGUUCCUCCGUGGGCUGUUGCUUAUGUUGCUCAAAUUCUUGUAUCAUGGUCCGCCGACCACUUCAAUGCUCGAGGCUAUCACUGCGCAGGUGCCGCUGUAGUCGGUGCUGCAGCCUUCUUGGCCUCCGCCGUACUACCAGGCGAUGAUUAUAAGGGCCGCUAUGCCUGCUUAGUUAUCGGGACAGCGGGAGCAUUCGCUUGCAUUCCACCUAUGUUAGGUUGGCUCACUUCAAAUAUGUGGAGCACGGCGUCCAUUGGUCUAGCUGUGGCGCUCAACGUCAGUAUUGGCGCUGGACUCGGGCAGAUCCCGGGUGUCUGGAUAUACAAGGCGAGUGAAGCGAAGAGGGGCUACCCGACUGGGCACGGUGUGAAUUGCGCCAUGCUCUUCGUUGUAGCUAUUGGUGCUAUCGGGCUGAGGUACUACUACGGGCGGAAGAACCGAGCUCUACUAAAUGCAGCUUCCGACGGGAUUGCACCAAGAUUGUACAAGCUCUGA